AUGUCUUCUCCGCUCUCCGCAGAAGAUGGAGACAUUUUCGAGCGUCUUCAGCGACCCGCCGAUCCCAAGGUGCAAGAAGAGCAGCAGCAGGCUGUCAAUGAGCGCCUCCACGCAAUCUACCAGAAGGCGCAAGAUCGUCUCGGAGAGCUGAUUGACCAAAACUCUACCUUACCAUGCACUAUCUCGUCUGUCCAAGUCCUGAACGCAAAGAAUACACGUAGAGGAUUUCUCGAAAAGGUUUUCAACCCAUUGCUGAGCUCCAAUAAGAAGCAACCAUAUACCCUGUCGGAAGCUUUACGGGAGAUAUCCGCCCGUGCGGACAAGCUUAACAGAUUUGACAUCUUUCAGCAGCCAGUCUCCGUGUAUUUGGACCAGACACCAGGCUCCCAAACAGAGCUCCCGAAAAUCAAUGUGUACUACAACGUCAAGGAGAAGUCCCGAGUACUGCUCAAAACCGGAACUGACCUCGGCAACGCGGAGGGUUCGGCCUAUGGUAACCUCCUGUGGCGCAACGUAUUUGGAGGCGCUGAGAACCUGAAUUUCAAUGCCUCGCUCGGCACAAGAACAAGAUCCGCUUAUCAGGCUGCAUUUGACACUCCGAUUCUCAGCGACCCGGACUUUCGCCUAGAGCUUGGCGGAAUUGCCAGCUCAACGCAAAAGUCAUGGGCAAGUCACGAAGAAGUGUUAAAGGGCGGCUGGAGCAAACUUCGGUGGUUAAGUCGGUCUGGCCAACGCCAUGAGAUGGGUUACAGUGGUUUCUGGAGACAGGUUACAGGUCUUGCGGAGAAUGCAUCUCCUACAGUCCGAGCGGAUGCAGGAGACAGCGUCAAGAGCAGCGUUUUCCACAGUUGGACGACGGAUCGCCGGGACAACCCAUUCCUUCCCUCCCGAGGCUACUACGCAAAGACCUUUAAUGAGCUGGCUGGCUGGGGUCCACUGAAAGGUGACGUCGCAUUCUGGAAGUCCGAGGUUGAGACGCAAACCGCCGUCGCAAUCCCAAUUCCUGGAAUCAAGGGAGACAGUGGCGUGAGCUUCACUACUGGAUUUCGUGCUGGACUCCUCUAUCCGCUUGGCCUCGGCUCUGAUUCCCGACCACGCUUGUCUCGCCCCAAUGAUCGCUUUCAACUCGGCGGGCCAACAGAUGUUCGCGGUUUCCGUCUUUCAGGCCUCGGGCCUCGCGACGGCGCUGAUGCGGUUGGAGGUGAUGUGUAUGCAGCAGGAAGCGCCAACCUUCUUUUCCCACUCCCCCGAGUGGGCGUUGAGAAACCUCUCCGGCUCCAGGCCUUUGUCAACGGCGGACGACUACUGCCUCUGAGAACCGCGCAAAAGGCGCCCCCUACCAAUAGCGCAGAAGUGCAGGACGCUGUGUCGUCCACCAUCUUGGAACUUGGUAACGGCCUGCCAAGUGUUGCGGCCGGUGUCGGUCUCGUUUACGCCCAUCCAGCGGCCAGGUUCGAGCUCAAUGUCUCCCUCCCGCUGGUGCUGCGCAAAGGCGAGGAAGGCAGGAAGGGGCUGCAGCUCGGAAUCGGCAUCAACUUCCUGUAA